UCUUCCUGCGCCCUCGCCGCCUGUUUCCUCGUCCUCGUCACCACCUCCCUCGCAAUCACCUUCUUCUUCCUCUUCCGUCCCCGCUCCCCAACGAUCCACGUCUCCGCCAUCCAGAUCCCCAGUUUCUCCUUCCGCAACGGCACCGUUAGCUUCACCUUCGCACAAUACGCCGUCGUUCGAAACCCUAACCGCGCCGCCUUCUCCCAUUACGACAGCUCUCUCCAGCUAAUCUACGCCGGAAAACAGCUCGGAUUCAUCUACAUCCCAGCCGGUGAGAUCGACGGCGGCCGGACCAAGAACAUGGGGGUAAAAUUCUCCGUCGAGUCUUUCGACAUUUCCGCCGCACCGCUGAAAUCGGGGACCAUGGAGGUGGAGUCGAGGAUGAAAGUGAAAGGUAGGGUUAGUGUUUUGAAAUUUUUUACGCAUCACGUCGAGGCGGCUGCCGGGUGCUCGGUGGGGGUAUCGGCGGGCGAUGGAUCUGUGAUCGGUCUCAGGUGUUGAUUUGGGAUUCUGAUUCGGGAACGGUGGAGAGGACGAGAUUUCCAAUCACUUUUUUAUGGUUUUGUGUGGAGGGUUAGGAGAUUGAUUCUUCAACGCCACGCUACUGUGAAAGGUGAAGCUUUUCGACUUCCUUUCAUAAGA